UUAUUCGACAGCGACAACUAUCGAUAGUGAACCAAAUUGCAUCGAUAGGUAGUCAGCUCAGCUCUAACAAAUAUCUGUUUCAAACAAUAAUAAACAAAAAUAUGCGAAAAUGAAUGAAAAGUCCACAGGAGACGUUGCCUACGAGCGCAAGCAAGGUGGCCCCCAGAGCGACACACACCAAGCGCGCAUCACGCAGAUUGAAGAGUUCAUCAACGAAGUUCUGAAACGUGACCUGAGGGAGCUGGAGGACUGGAUCGGGCAAUACAACCAGGAAAUCAUGGAGUUUGUCCAGCUGAAGAACACCCUGCAGACAUUCGACGCCCACCUGCCGGAGGGAUACAAGACGCAAGUGAACAUUGGCAGCAACGUGUUCAUGCAGGCGCGCGUCACGCAAAUGGACAAAAUUCUGGUGAACGUGGGCAAGGACGUGUUCCUGGAGAUGAGCAUGCCGGAGGCGGAGCACUUCAGCGACGUGCGCAUUAAGAUACUCACCAAAGAGGCGGACGUGCUACGCGAUGAGAGCAUUAAGAAGCGGACGCAGAUCAAGAUGUCUCUGCUGGCGAUAGGCGAGCGGGAGAAGCUGAUGCAGCAGGAGGCGCGCCAGUGAGCAAGCGCCGCUCGGGUAGGUUUAAUAUGUAGAUAGUUUUACACCAGCACACAGCAUACUUCAUUUCAACUACAAAUUGCAGAGACAAUUUACAAU